UGAUACAGAAUGAACAGUAGAAAGAACGUUUACAUUGCCUACACUGGAGGCACUGUCGGAAUGAAGGAGACACCAGACGGCCUCCAGCCUGCGAGAGAUCACCUCCAACAGCUGAUGGACAACAUGCCCGAAUUUCGCGCCGAAGGAAUGCCCAACUAUUUCAUUCAUGAAUACGACCCGCUGCUAGAUUCAUCCAAUAUGACGCCUAACGAAUGGAUUAAGAUAGCUGAAGACAUUAGAGACCACUACUCGAACGGAGAACGUCAAUACGACGCUUUCGUCGUCAUCCACGGGACAGACACGAUGGCGUUUACCGCUUCCGCGCUCAGUUUCAUGCUCGAGAAUCUGGGAAAACCGGUACUCGUGACUGGAGCUCAAAUCCCCCUGUGCCAACCGCGCAACGAUGCCCGGAUGAACCUCAUCACAACUUUACAGAUUUGCUCCGAGAUGACAGUCCCGGAGGUUUGUGUGUAUUUUAAUGGCGAACUCCUGCGUGGUUGUCGCGCGACGAAAGCUCAUGCGGAUCAAUUCAAGGCGUUUGAGUCUCCGAAUUUUCCACCCCUGGGAAGGGUGGGUACAUGCAUUAAAAUCAAUUGGGCUUUAGUCCGACAGCCCGACCCUCAUAAAUCAAUGCUAUACAUGACUAUACAUCAUCCGGUUAUUGCAUCUAUUCGUCUGUUUCCAGGAAUCGAUUCCAAAGUUGUAUCUCAUAUUCUGCAGCCGCCCCUUCGAGGGCUUGUGUUGGAGACGUUUGGGGUCGGUAAUGCUCCAUCGAGCAACAGAGCCCUAAUGGAAGCACUAAGGCAAGGAAACGAAUCUGGAAUUGUGAUCGUAAACGUCACUCAGUGUUUUUCUGGCACUGUAAAUCAAGAUGGAUACGAAACAGGAAGUGGGUUGGCAAAGGUGGGUGUGAUAAGUGGAUAUGAUAUGACGUGUGAGGCCGCACUGACAAAACUCUAUUUUCUGUUGAGUCGAGGAUUCUCAAUUGAAAAAGUGAAACACCUGAUGCAAGAAAACUUGAGAGGAGAAUUAACUCCCGAAAGCGAACGAGCUCCUAUCUCCCCUCUGUUGCCAAUCUGAAAGUUGCAUCCGUCUGGUCAUCGUAACACUUUGCUCUCUUUGUGUUUGAGUGGGAAGGCGCACAAGAACACAAACAAUGCACCACGGAGGUUGUAGAUCAGCUUGAUGAUGCACUAGUGCACAUGGUUUCACAAUGAAAGCGAAAAAUAUUGUGGUGUGUAGACAGUAUGCUAUUGUAUGUGUGUGUUGGUCUGACUUUCACAUGUCUGUGUGGGUGGCCACAU